AUGAACAGACAGUACUGGAAGUCGACAACAACGUUGCAGCCUGUCAGACGCAAGCUCGCCAUGCCUACUCAGUGCCAGAAGUUAGCAUGUGUCUUCCCCGAUCAAGUGGUCUUCCCAAACAGCACCGUCUAUGAAGGAGCAGAGUCCCACUAUUGGAGCGUUCAGCAAAGUGAGCUACGUCCAACCUGCCGCUUCUUCCCCGACGGCGCUCAAGACGUCCGCAGUGCUCUGCAGAUCGCGCAAGCAACCAAUACGAGCGUUGCCGUUGUCUCAGGCGGCCACUCUUCAAACGUGAACGCCUCGAACAUCGACCAUGGCAUGACGAUGGACCUGGCUGCGCUUUCCAACAUUGUCGUGUCCGAAGAUCGUGCUUCUGUGUGGCUCGGUCCUGCAGCGAUCUGGUCGGAGGUGUACGCUGCCCUCGAACCUCAUGGCCUCACGGUGCCUGGCGGCCGUGUCGGUCAUGUAGGCGUUGGAGGCUAUGUGCUUGGUGGCGGCUUCUCAUGGUAUGCCAACACGCAUGGCUGGAGCUGCGAUAACGUGCUUGACUUCGUGGUCGUCACUCCAGAUCUUCGGAUCUUGCACGUCAAUAGUUCGGCGCACGCUGAUCUGUUCUGGGCACUCAAGGGCUCACUUGGCGCGUUUGGCGUGGUGACGGGUAUCAGGAUGCAGACGAGCCGCAAUGCCGGUUUCUAUGGCGGCGGGAUUUCCUACAGCGACGAAGCUCUACCUGCCGUAUACGUCGGGCUCAGCAACCUCGCCUACGAGUCUGAGACGACCCCAAUACAUUUGGCUACUUCUCCAAAACAAUGGUCCCACAACGUCUACCUCAUCAACACGGCCAACUCCAGCGAGUCGAGCGCGAAUGGCGACUUCCGCAUGAUCCCCAACAAGGGCCACAACCAACGCCACAUGUCGCCCCGACAAUCUGCGGAUGAAAUCGCAGAAAGCAAUCCCCUUGGGUACCGCCGGUCCAAGUUCACAAUCACCACGCUGGCGACUGUCGAGAUCAUGAAUCUCACUCACCAAUACGUCCGCGGCUUUGUCGAAGACGGGCUCAAACUGAGUUCAGACGAAUUCUUCGGCAUCACCUUUCAACCCAUCACCAGCCCGCACCUUCAGGCUCAAGGCCAGAAUAUCUUCAGCGACCGCCUGAGGCUUGAGUGGGGACCACUACUGCUCAUCUCCAUUGAGCUCUGGUGGAAGGAUCCGACCCGUGAUGCUUUCUUCGAGAACGAGAUGAAGGGGUUGUGUGAGGAUGGGCUGGAGUUCUUUUUCAUGUGGAUGCGUGUGUUGCAUCCUUGGGUCUACCCAAACUAUGCUGCCAGCUGGCAGGAUGCACUUUCAGCAGAGCGGCUGGGAAAGGACUUCGAGCAAAGAUUGGCGGGUGUUAGGCAAAGUUACGAUGCACAGAAUUUGUGGCAGGGGAUGGUGCCCGGAAUAUGGCAUGUCUGA